CUCUGGGUGGAGUAAAGUUUAGACAUGUAGUACAGCUAAUUAUCCUAACGGUAUGGCAGAGUGGAAAAAGCUCUGAAAAAAGGCCAAUAUAGCCGCGGAAAAGGGGAUAGAAAGUGCCGGGGUCUCCAGGAUGGGUGAUGUGAGCGAAGAGUCGCUGCUGGAUUAUUUCUACUCUGCCGGUGGGAACUCCGGCAGAGUGAGAAACGCUGACAUCCUUAAGACAUUCAAGCCCUUCAUUGGCCACAGCGAGCCGCAGCGCCGCGCUAAAUACAGAGAGGAAUUCAAGCUCAUCAUUGACCGAAUAGCUGUGGUGAAGUCAGAGAAUGGAGAGAAAUAUCUCAUCCUAAAGAAGAAGUACAGACACUUGAUGCAGGAGCGGGAAACUAAACAUCAUGGGCCAGACGGAGAGCCAGAGAGACGUCAGAGCCCGGCCACUGCAGAGUGGGACACCCAGACAGCAUCACCCUGCAAGAAGGAAGAGCAGGAGGAGCCAAUGUCAUGUGGAGAACAUGAAGAAGAGGAGCAGCAGGCAGGAACAGACAACGUUCAGAACUCUCAGCACCCACCUUCCGCCGCCCACACCAGCGAGCCCUCGGCGCUCAGUAACGGGGAGGAUGAGCUGGAUAGGGAUUCGACAUCAAAGUCGGAGUCGGAGCAUGACGAGGAGUCCACAGGCAGCAUGGGCUCCACUUCUGUCGCUCUGGAUCCUACAGAGAAAGAGUGGAUCUACCACGCCGCCAGCGCUCGAGUGCCUGACCUCUCCCAGCUCCUCAGGCUGGAGCCCUCGCUUGUAAAUAAAAAGGACUUCACCUCGUUUACUGCUCUGCAUUGGGCCGCCAAACAUGGCAACAAAGACAUGGCAACGUUGGUGGCCGACGCCGGAGGCGACAUCAACAAUAAAUCACAUGGGGGAUACACACCUCUGCACAUUGCAGCCUUGCAUGGUCAUCGACACAUUGUUGAUCUACUCAUUGGAACUUAUGGGGCAAAAGAAAACGUGCGGGACUACAGCGGCCGUCUUCCCUUCCAUUAUCUGAGUGUCAAAGACCUCGAAGGUGCGCAGGAAGACUGCGACCUGCAAUUUCAAGUCGCUCAAGCCAGGGAGAGGAACAAGAAUAGGAAGUUGGUGUCGUUGUUCCACUCUAAGAAGAAGUGGGGUUCGGCGGAGGAGCUGGCUCCGAUAGAGGAGGAGAGGACGGCGUCCCAUCAGCUGUCCCUUCCUCCUUUUAGGCCCAGGAAGUUCUCCCGCUGAGGAGAAAAACAACUUCUUCACUUACAUUCACACGCAAAUAUGGACCAAAAGUAGUGCCGUAUAUCAUCUAUAAGAGCACCCUUAAACUCACACAAAACUAAACAGUUCAGAACAACUUGAACGAAGAAAGGAAACAAGAUGCUGCAACUUUAAAUCAGUUAAAAUCACUGCAAGUGCUGCUUUAUUUACAUUAUGCUUUUCACUGAAGUAUUUUGAAGUUUUUUUUAAAUGUUACUUUAUGUUACUUACGUAGCGUGUUACAGGGUCACAUCGGCUCAGGCUGCAUGAUUCUCAGAGCUUUGCUUUUUUAUUCAGAGUAAUUCAGGCUAAUUUGUUACGCUGGAGAUGAGUGAAACAAAUUUAAUUACUCUGCAGUAUUUUUACUCAGCAUUUUUACCUAAUUGAUAUUUGUGGAAAAAAAAAAAGAGGAGAAAACAUGUUUAAGUUGAUUAAAUUUGUAUAGCAUUGCAGCAUUAAUGAGUGUAAAAACACAUUGGUCAAUUCUUGAAAAAUGUUUAUUAAAUUCACUACCCGUUUUAAACAUAUAGUGUUUAAAAAUUUAGGUAAGUUGGUUUUCUUAAAAUAGGUGUAUUUUCUCUUGAUUUCAGCAAAUGGUAACAUAUGUCAGGGGAAAAAGAACAUAUAUAAGGUUAAAAAAAAAUGUUAAAGGCAAAAUUAAUGAUUCCACUGCUCAGAUUAAAGGCAAAUACACUAAUUUUAAAAACUUUUAACUCAUUUUUAAAUACUUUAGUAAAUAUUUGUAAAUGAAAAUCCAUUUUAUUUUACAAAAAAAGAUAUAAUCCACUUAUAACAUUAGCUUUAUAAUCAUCAUCUGGGAAUCCAAGUAAAAUAAUAAUAAUAAAAAAACAGCUACUUUCAUGCGAGACGAAUCAACUUUGUUUUGUAUGAAAGACAAAACGGCUCAGAAAUAAAACCUGUAGAUGUUUUCAUCAAUAAAACAAGGGGAACUAAAAGAGGAAAGGAAAAUUCGUCAUUUUAAUAUUUAACAUUUUUAAACUUUGAUUUAAAAUUAUUUUUGAAAUGUGAACUUUUUGAGAAACUUGUGGAGAAAAAAACCCCCAAACAACUAUCCUGGAUUACAGAUCUGUUCAGUUACGUAUUUUAGUUAGUUAGUUAUUUUUAGUUGCUGUUCUUUAAAGGUCCAGUUGCCAUGUUUUUUCUGCAAACCGAUUAUUGUCACUGUUUUUAUUUAUUAUAAAACUGAAUCACCAUUGGUUGCAUUUUUAUCUUGUGUAUUCUGUAUCCCGCUGUUCACCAUAUUUAUACGAUACAAAUAUUUUUGAAUGAAGCUUUCUUUUGUAUGAAA